UUGCCAAAUUAUGUUUGAAUCACUUUUACAGAAAAUAUGCAGUAAUGAAAGUCAAAUAUAUUCUGAAAAGAAAUGUGUUAAUAUUGUACAAAUCAUGUGUGAUAGUCCUGUUGUUGAUUCCACUACUCUUCUGGCAUUUUGCAAAUUUUCUUUAAACUACAUUCUUAGCCAUAAUCCAGUUUUAAAAGCUUCUCAAGCAAUUUCAGAUCAGCAUAAAUGGUCAUUUAAGAAUAGUAAUACAUGCUUUGUCUCAACUGUGAGAAAGGUUAAAUGUUAUCUUUUUUCUAAUCUUAGUAAUUUAUAAAUUUAUUUAUAUAAUGAAACAUCAAAUAUGGAAUUUGAGCUUUUUACUUUUUAACUUCAGCAAAUAAUGAACACAUAAUUGAAUAUCAUAUGAUGAAUUAUAUAAAUAAAAAAUACAGCUGUCCCUUGAAAGUCCGACGUUUUGUAAUCUGACAUGCUCAGUAGUCCGACGCACCUCCCAUCAAUGUACCCGUCCCCAUUACGUGUCUGCUUUCACAGAAGCAUGUUGCGACGUGAAUCUCCCCACCCAAUUCUUACACGAUGACACACAUUUCGUGUUUUUUCCGUGAGCAGUUCUGUUUGAACAGUUGGAGUAGGGAAUAUUGUAGGCUACUGCUAG